AUGGAGCUUCAGCAAUAUGGGAUAGAGGGUGUGGAUGAUGAAGAUGAAUUUGAUGCAGCUACACAGUACAUGAUUGAGCAGAGUCUGCUGGAGCACAACAAAUGGAAGGAAGAAGGCAGGAGCUCUUGGCCUGACUUUGCAGAGCGCAGCUCGAUCUUCACUGCUAUAAGACAAGGUAACGAGAAGCUCUUGAAGGAUCUGUGUGUCCAACAGAGAAACACAUUUUCACAGACAGACCGCAGAGGUUGGACCCCUCUCCAUGAAGCAGCAGCUCAGAGCAACCAAACCAUCCUUAAGCUCAUAUUCAGAGUUUCAGGCCAACACUCUGUGAAGAGUUGUACUCUUUGUGGUAAGACUCCACUCUUCCUGGCAGUUGAACGAGGUCUGAUAGAAAACGCCUCCUUCCUCCUCCAACAUGGAGCUCAACCGGACAGCCACGACCAUGACCAGGACACACCACUUGUUAUAGCAAUCCGUUCAGACCGAACUGACCUGGUGAAGCUGCUGCUCCACUAUGGCUCCUGGGUGAACCAGAAGGGCCGCUACGGUCGCUGUCCCCUCCACGAGGCCUCAGAGCUGGGCAAAUCAGCUCUGGUGACUCUGCUGCUGAAGGCCGGAGCACAGCCAGACCCUCGCAGCAACUUCGGCCUCACGCCGCUGGCACUGGCCGCUCAGGGAGGACACCUGGAGGUGAUGGAGAUUCUACUGAGUAGAGGUGCGGACAUCCUGUCCGAGGCACAGGAUAAGGCAUCCAUCUUGUACGAGGCGACUUUGUCUGAAAAUCCAUCUGUUAUCCGUCUAUUGCUGGAAUAUGGCGCCGAUGCUAACGUCGGCACAAACACAAAACAUAUGCCGAUCCACAGUGUUGCACACCAAGGCAACCUGGAAGCUCUGAAGUUGCUGAUUCCAGUCACUUCUAUCGAAGAAGUAAAUAACAGCGGGAUAAGUCCUCUACACUCUGCUGCUGCAGGAGGACACCCACACUGCAUCAAGGCCUUGCUGGAUGCAGGUUAUGAUCCCAACUACAUGCUCCAUCCCUGGGUGCAACGAGGCUAUGACGACGAGAGGAAGUCUGCGCUCUUCUUCGCAGUCUCCAAUAAUGACGUGCCAUCAGCCAAACUGCUGCUGGAGGGCGGGGCCAUGACCAACCAAGACCCAAUCAAAUGUCUUCAGGUUGCACUGCGUUUGGGAAACUAUGAGCUGAUUGACCUGUUGCUGACGUUUGGAGCCAACGUCAACUAUUACUGCAAAGUAAACACAACACACUUCCCUUCCGCCUUGCAGUACGCUUUCACAGACGAGGUGGUCCUCAGGAUGCUGUGUAACUAUGGUUAUGAUGUUGGGCGCUGCUUUGACUGUCCCUAUGGUAAUGACUCCCACAUCCCUAAAGGCUUCGAAGCAUGGACCAACUGCGUGAUCAAAGACAGCUUGUUCUGUGAGGUGAUCACUGUCUCCUGGCUGAAGAACCUCUCUGGUCAGGUUGUUCGCAUACUUUUGGACUACGUGGAUCAUGUCAACUUUUGCUCCAAGCUGAAGGCAGUUUUGAUGGAGCAGCAGCAGUGGCCCGACAUCUGCAAGCUGCAAGAGAACGUCCGUUGUCUGCAGCAUCUCUGUCGUCUGCGGAUCCGUCGUUGUCUUGGUCGCCGGCGUCUCCGGACACAUGUCUUCCCGAGCUUCCUGCCGUUGCCAGGUCGACUGAGGGACUACAUCCUGUACCGGGAGUACGACCUGUAUGGCCGGCAGAGCAACUGCACAGCAGCAAGUCAGGGACGCAGAAGUGAGAAGACAGACAAAAUUAGUUAAAGGGGCUAUAUAUGAAGUUUUUUAAAGAAAUCACUUUUCAAUUAAUCCCUUUUUACUGCUUAUUUGUAAACAGGUUGUAACCUAACAUAAAAAUUAACUACAUGCCUGAU